GAGGGUUUUAUUUUGGUCUGUGCGCGCGCGUGUCUCCGAUUCGGUCUCACUCGCUGUUCUGCCGGACAGUCGGUUGGACACUCAUGCGACUUGGGUUGGCCUAGACCCGGGCAGGGUCACUAUGGCGAGCACCGAGGAUUCCUCACCACCAGCACCAGUGGCACCAACAUGUGCCAACACACCACCGCCUGCAAGAAACCCGGCUGUGAUGUCGGUGAAGCAAUGGUUCAGGGAGCUGCGGCCGCUGCCACUGUACCUGAUGAUGGCCCUGACCAUCCUCUUUUUCCUGGUCGAGCUCGUCGCCAGCCACAUAACGCACGCGCUCACUCUGCUCGUCGAUUCGUACCACACUCUGUGCAACCUUAUCGCCCUCACUGGCUGCCUUAUCACUGUUAAGUAUGGCAAGGAGCACGCCCGGGGCGUGUAUUACGCUCCUGCAAAGACGACGGACAGCGACGACGAGAAUGAGGGUGCGACGCCACCCCUGGACCACGAGCGGCCGGGCUGCGGCCGCAACAACAAGCACCGUAACCAACAGGGGUUUCUUAAUUCGGAGCGGAAGCUGAAAAACACUUUUGGAUGGGCGCGAAUCGAGGUUUUGCUCAUGAUGGUCGGCACUGUUUUCCUCGCCUCCUUGUGUUUUUCUCUGAUCGUCGAGGCGGUGCAGACGCUUUUUCACAUCGGACACUCGGACGCCAUGCAUUACCCGCUCCACGUAAUGAUCAUUGGGGCCUGUGGCCUCAUUCUAAAUGGCGCGUGCUACUUUUUAAUUGGAGGGUACACCUUCCACCAGGGCAGUUUUCUGCACGUCAAUGCUGAGGGUAACGUCGUUCUGGACCGCGACCUGACCGAGAAAAAUGUCAGGGUGGGCAGUCGGCAGUUGUCUGCACGACGAGCGGUCGUCCGAGAAGACGCCGUUUCGCAAAUCGAAAAGUGCGAAGUCGAAACCAAACCGGCCGAGGCGCACCUGCACUCGGCCCAAAGAAGACAAGGCGCCCGCGAGAUGUUUCGCGACGUCAGCAGCUGCCUGUUUGUAAUUGUAUGUGCGGCGAUUGUUUAUCAAACGGAUCCGCACUUUGCCAAGUACAUCGACCCUGGACUUUCAAUUGUCUCCAGUCUGCUUCUUUUGGCCCUCAGCUACCCAUAUAUGAGAGAGUCGAGCCGAAUCCUGCUGCAGACCAUUCCUGGCUACAUGGACAUCAAGUCGCUGAAGAAAGACCUGGCCAAGGAGUUUCCGAGCAUUGAAAACAUCCAUGAGGUGCACAUCUGGUGCCUAACGCAGACCAAGGUUUUCGCAACGGCACACAUUGUCAUACCCACCCAUGAUGAGUACAUCAGCAUCAAAGAGCGGUUAAUGGACUUUUUCCAUGAAAGAGGAGUCACCCAAGCUACUUUGCAACCAGAAUUUUCAAAAUCCAUUGACGGAAGCUCUGAAGUGAGGGAGUGCUACCUGAUGUGCCAAGGGUUGGGAUGCCAGAAACAGCAUUGCUGCAGCCGCACCCCAACUAGCAGCACCGAGGACCUCACCUGUGAAGAUGGGCAUUCCCAUAGUCAUGAAAAGGGCCACAGCCAUGACAAGGGGCACAGUCACGGCAAAAAGCACAGUCAUGCCAAGGGUCAUAGCCAUGAUAAGGGACACAACCAUCAUGAUAAUGGACAUAGCCAUGUCCAUGGAAAAAAUAAUCCCCUCCGGUCUGAAGCAGUUGAGGGUGUAAAUGUUUCUGAAAUUGAGAGGGCUCAGGACGAAAUUGAUGUCAGACUUGACCCUGAGGAGAGUUGCUCUGAGCCCAAGGGUCCAGUGUCGUAUGAGCGGCAGCGGAGUCGGUCUGUGUGUGAUUUGCAGCAGACGAGGGACUCGUUCGAGGACUACGGAAUCAAGCGGGUGAAACAGACUAGCUUAGUCGACGUGAUGCAUUUGAGCUGAUAUGCACCACCUUCAUGUUCCUGUGAUAUUUUCAUAACUGCCUAAACAAGUUAUUGUGGUUAUAACUUUUAAACUAUGUAUUCACCUGUGCCGCAUUUUGUGAGAAUAUUAUUUUUGUGCGUUGUUUACUCUCUCAUGGACAAAUAAACUCACAACAAC